GUUGCAGCAAUCUAUAAAGAUUCAAGUAUUGGAAAUCUUAUAAAUAUAGUUAUUGUAAAACUAAUUGUAAUUCACAAUGAACAGGAAGGACCAGCUAUCACUUUUAAUGCAGCUACCACUCUUCGUAAUUUUUGCUUAUGGCAGCAAGCACAAAACACUUUGGAUGAUGCUCACCCUUCUCAUCAUGAUACGGCUGUUCUUAUCACUAGGGAAGAUAUCUGCAGAGCUAGAGAGAAGUGUGAUACUCUUGGUUUAGCAGAGCUAGGUACAAUGUGUGACCCACUACGCAGCUGUUCUAUAAGUGAAGAAAAUGGAUUGAGUGCUGCUUUUACUAUAGCGCAUGAGCUUGGACAUGUAUUUAACGUGCCUCAUGAUGACAGUUUUAAAUGUAAAGAAGCUGGAAUUAAACAUCAAUACCAUGUGAUGGCUCCAACUUUAAAUUACCAUACAAGUCCAUGGACCUGGUCAAAAUGCAGUCAAAAAUAUAUCACUGAAUUUCUUGAUACUGGUUAUGGUGAAUGUCUCCUGGACAAACCUAGUGGAAGAAUAUAUGAUCUUUCCUCUCAGCUGCCUGGAUCAGUGUAUGAUGUCAACAAGCAGUGUGAACUUAUGUUUGGUCUUGGGUCACACGUGUGCCCGUAUCUGAAACAAUGCAAACGCUUAUGGUGCACAAGCACAGAAGGUGUUCACAAGGGUUGUCGUACUCAGCACAUGCCUUUGGCUGAUGGAACGGUUUGUGGUGUGGGAAUGCACUGCCGCCAUGGAAUUUGUGUGAGCAGAGAAAUGGAGACGCGUCCUGUAGACGGAGAAUGGGGACCAUGGGGACCUUAUAGCUCAUGUUCAAGAACUUGUGGAGGUGGAAUCAAGAGCACCACCAGGCUGUGUAAUAGACCAGAACCAAGAAAUGGAGGAAAGUACUGUGUUGGCCGCAGGAUGAAAUUUCGAUCAUGUAAUACUGAUUCAUGUCCAAAAGGCAAAAAAGAUUUCCGGGAGCAACAGUGCUCUGAAUUUGAUGGCAAACACUUUAAUAUCAACGGUCUUACGUCUGCUGUUCGCUGGCUUCCAAAAUACAGUGGUAUUUCUAUGAAAGAUCGCUGUAAACUUUUUUGCCGAGUUUCUGGAACAACUUCCUACUAUCAGCUGAAGGACAGAGUUGCUGAUGGUACUCCCUGUGGAGCAGAAACCAAUGACCUUUGUGUUCAAGGCUUAUGCAGGCAAGCAGGCUGUGAUCAUGUUUUGAAUUCCAAGGCAAGGAGAGACAAAUGUGGAAUCUGUGGUGGUGAUAAUUCUUCAUGUAAGACUCUAGCAGGUACUUUCAACAGUGCUCGUUAUGGUUACAAUGUUGUAGUAAAUAUUCCCAAAGGAGCAACAAACAUUGAUAUUCGUCAGCACAGCUACUCAGGGAAACCAGAAGAUGACAACUACCUUGCUUUAUCUGAUAUUCAUGGAAAUUUUAUCUUGAAUGGAAAUUUUGUUGUAAGCAUGUCAAAAAGAGAAAUCAAUAUACAAGGAGCCAUUUUUGAGUACAGUGGUUCAAACAAUACGAUAGAACGAAUUAACAGCACUGAUAGAAUCGAAGAAGAGCUAACCUUACAGGUUUUGUGUGUAGGGAACUUAUACAACCCUGAUGUGCGUUAUUCAUUCAAUAUCCCAAUAGAAGACGGAAGUGAUCUGUUUACAUGGGAUCCUUAUGGACCCUGGCAAGACUGCAGCAGGAUGUGCCAAGGUAUUCGAAGAAGAAGAAUGACAUGCAUACGUAAAAGUGAUCAUGUGGUAGUGUCUGAUCAAAGAUGUGAACUUAUACCCACCGUACCGGAUGCCUUUGAGGAGUGUAAUACAGAGUGUGAAUUAAGGUGGCACAAUGUCGGCAAAAGUGACUGCACAUCGAAGUGUGGCCCAGGGUAUCGGUCUAUAGAGAUCCACUGCAUGAAGUACUCUGUUGCAAAAGGACUCAGUGUUCCAGUGGGUGAUAAGUACUGUGCUGAUCAGCAGAAACCACCAACCAGAGAGCCCUGCCAUGGUGACUGCCUGUUAGCAAGUUGGCACUACACAGAGUGGUCAGAGUGUUCCAGGAGCUGUGAAAGAGGUGUCAGAACCAGAGAAGCUUUUUGCAUGAACAAUUUGGGUCGUCAUCUUCCUGACAGAGAAUGCCAGGAACUUCCAAGAGUUGUAACACAGAGUUGCAAUGAAUUCUUAUGUCCAAGCUGGUCUGUUAGUGAGUGGAGCGAGUGUCCUGUGACAUGUGGCAAAGGAAUGAAGCAUCGUCAAGUAUGGUGCCAACUUAAUGAUGAACAACUGAGAGAUGAUUUCUGUAAUCCAAAUGAUAGACCAGAAUCAAUAACACAGUGUGAACUUCAUGAAUGUGCAUCUUGGCAAGUAGGGCCUUGGGGAUCAUGUGCUGUAACGUGUGGACGCGGAUACCAGAUGCGUGCAGUCAAAUGUGUCACUGGGACUUACAGAGUUAUUUUGGAUGAUGACAGGGAAUGUAAUGCUGCUACUCGUCCUAGAGAUAACCAAGAAUGUGAAUUGCCCUCUUGUCCAGAAACUACAAAAUUAUGGACUACAUCGCUUCCUCUAGUUCAGGUGGGGAAGGUGACCCAAUGGAGAUAUGGAUCAUGGACCCCAUGCUCUGCAUCCUGUGGGAAGGGUGAUCGUGCUCGCUAUGUGAGUUGUAGAGAUGCUCAUGGAGGAAUAGCAGAUGAAUCUUUCUGUGCUCAUUUACCACGACCAGCUGAAAUUUCAAGCUGCUUUAGCCCAUGUGGAGAGUGGCAAGUUGGAAAUUGGUCCCCUUGUACAGUUACCUGUGAUAGUGGAAUAGUAACAAGACAAGUUAUCUGUGUCAACUAUCAUCAACAAAUCAACGAGAAUUACUGUGAUCCUGAAGGGCAACCUUCCAAAGAACAAGAAUGUAACAUGCCACCAUGUCCACCAGUUUAUCAUGUUCUGAAAACACAUGACCCUCCAAGCCAUUUUCCAGAAAUAGGUUACCCUCCAAUACACCAUCCACAGGAGAAUAUAAACCAGUGGAACCGUCCCUCUGGGGGAGGAUAUCAAUGGAGAACUGGACCCUGGGGAGCAUGCUCUAGUACUUGUGCAGGUGGAUUUCACCGUCGAGUUGUAGUAUGUCAAGAUGAGGAAGGAAGAAGUGCUAGUUAUUGUGAUGAGGCAACAAAACCUCCAGAGUCAAGACACUGUGAUUCUGGACCCUGCCCACGAUGGAACUAUGGGAACUGGGGAGAAUGUACUCAAACUUGUGGAGAUGGAAUAAAGACAAGACUGGUGAUUUGUCAGCUUCCUACGGGCCAAAUGUUGGGUGAUCAAAACUGUGAAAUUCUAGACAAGCCACCUAAUAUGGCACAAUGUAAUGUGCAUUCUUGCCCUGGUGAUGUUUCAUGGCAUCGGGGACCAUGGAAAUCGGUACGAUAG